CUUGUCUCCAUAUGUAAUAAACACUGGGUUAAAUUUCGGUUUGAAAAAAAUAAUCUAAUCGUCAAUAAAUUACACGAUUUGGUAACAAAAUAAGCAUUUCUUCGACCAUUCGACCCCGAUGGUAGGUCGUACUACUUUUUCAAAUGCUUCUUUUGAUUUUGCAAUUUGGAGGAAUAAUUUUACAAGAUUUUGAGCAGGGUCACCACCAUGGUCAGCUCGCACUGCCUCCUGUGCCUAUCAAAUUGUGCGAAUGAUUCCUCCCAGAACAUACAAAUUAUCACGCUGUACGACCUCUUGGUGCCGGAACAUCGCACCUCCACCCCCCACCAGGCCAUCGUUGCAGAAUCUAAUAAUGAAAAUGGUGGAUUUUACAACUUAUGCCAAACUUGCUAUUGUGGGAUGAAAACACUUAAAACAAUUAAGGAACAAAUUGCCGUAAUGAAGCAACAAAUAACCAAAUUGGAAGGUCAAGUUGAAAAAAAGGUGCAACAAUUUAGGUCAUCGGUGGAGAAUGCUUACUCAAAAAACGACAAAGAAAUAGGGUUAAGAAGAAGGAUUCGAAAAUCUCUAAUUUCUGCAGGUGGCGUCGACUUUUACGGCGAAAUCCUUCCUGAUUUUCCAGUCAAAAUAGAACCGGAAUAUGAUGAUUUCUGCGUCACGAACAAUUUCGAGGAACAAAUCCUUCCCGACGAUAGCAAUACUUCACCCCCUCCAGCCCCGUCUCCAACGUCCAGUCUAGAAGACGACGAUGAUAGUUACGAUAAGAACGAUCCCCCCUUCGUAUUGAAGGAUAACGAGGAAUCCUCCCGAGAUGAUGAUUAUUUUUCCAGCGACGACUCUUCUCCCCUUCUCAUAACACCGGAUGAUUACAAGAAAAAUAAAAAAAGGAAACGCAAAAGAAUUUCAGAUGACGAAGCUCCCCCGAAAAAGCGUUAUUUCAAAAACAUCAAAACCUUCGUCCCCACCACUCCAUCUGAAGAGGAAGAAUUUUACAACUUUUCCUGUGCCGCUUGCCCAGCCAGAUUUAGAAAAUUGAAACAAUUACGCUUCCACUUGCGACAAGAACACCCGGGUUUUUACCAAUUCCAGUGCACCAUUUGUAACAACAAGUUUGAAUCGCAGAGAGCGCUGGACGCCCAUAUGAUCGUGCGGCAUGAAACGGAGGACAAAUUAUUCUUUUGUAGAAAAUGUGAGAAGGGAUUCAGCCUCGAAAUAAAUUUCAAAAGCCAUGCUGAUCGCCACAAAAUUGACAAAAGUCAUCCCGUCGUGUGUAAAGUUUGCGAUGUCAGAUUUGUAGACGAGCCUCAUCUCGAAAAGCAUAAAUCUGUUCAUGUGAACAGAUUUGUGUGCGAGUUUUGCGGCUCGGAAGUCAGCACGAGUGCGGCACUGAGAAGACAUAUCCGGUCUCAUACUGGACACAAACCGUACAAAUGUGACCAAUGCGAAGAAUCCUUUAUUGACGCUCAAUCACGAACCCAUCACAUCCGUCGUGACCACACAGGAGAAAAAUACAGUUGUCACAUUUGUCCGAAACAGUUCCUUAUAAAGUACCAGCUCAAAACCCAUAUCGAAUUGGUGCACGAAAAGCAAAAGAAAGGUGAAUGCUCCGAGUGUGGAAAAAAAUUCAGGGAUAACGCCGCUGUCAGACAACAUCUUAUCUUGGAGCAUAACGCCGAGCCGUUUGUUUGUGAUGAGUGUGAUGAAACCUUUACGUCCCCACAUUUAUUAAGACGUCACAAAGUAAGACACACUGGAGUUAGAAAGGAGGAAUGUCAGAUUUGUAAGUCAAGAUUCUACACCAAGGCCGCAUUAAGGAUUCACGUCCAAACUCAUUCGGAUCAAAGGAACCAAAUUUGUGACCUGUGUGGGGCAGCAUUCAAGACUGUAAACAAUUUAAAUCGACAUUUGACGAAGGUCCAUAAAAUUGUUCUGGAAAGGAAGGCGCCACUUUAUGUGAGGAAGAAAUCCAAGAAAGUUCAAGUUAAGAACGGUCCUGCGGCACAAAGUCAAAAUGAGUCUGCUGAUGGGGAAGAGGUUUCCGCUGUGUCGAAUUUUCGGAGAGGAGAGCAUCUCGGUUUCGGCUGGACGAUGAGUUAAAAACUAUUUAAUUAAUUGUUCGAAAUCAAUAGAGGAAUUGAGGCUGACGAGUUUUUUGUACUUUUAGCAUUUAAUGAAUAAUGACCAAUUUGUACGCAUACAGAUAUUACCACUCAGAAUAUUUCUUAUGCCAAAGUUCAGAUAAAAAUAUUGUGUAUUAAAAAUAUUGAGACACGUGACUUGCAUGAUGGGAUCAUUCCCGAUUUUAUGGAAUAGUAGCUUCGAAAGCAUGUUCUUUGAGAGUUGGCUUGGAUCGUGUAAUCAUUUAGAUAUUUAUGGUACGAGCAGGGUUUCGAUGGCAAAAACUAAAUUGACCAGGGCAGUGGGAAAAAGACACUUUUUACCACCCACGAAAUUGGGAAUGUUGAGGCUAUCUGAAGUAACUUCUUCGAAACUUAAUUUUCGAAAUUUAACUUCAUAUUCGUAUUCUCCAUCAAAUUCUGAGAAAAUAAGUUGUUAGUACUUGUUAGUACAUACUGUUAAAUUUGACUAAUCUUGUGGCGUCAAGCGAAGCUCAAAAGUACACCGGACGCUGGUUCCAACGGGUGACGGGACACUCGCACCACUUUGGAAGAACCGGUGGGACAUAUGUACAUACACCCAGGAAAAAGGACGCAGUACGUAUCUCGUAAAACUAAAAUCUGGCAACUAACCAGACAUAAAUGUAAAUUAAUAUAUGUAUAUAUAUAAACAAAAAAUAAUAACCAAGCAUUCGUAACGUCCUCAAUUUGUCUACAAGAUGAACACGAAUCAGACUGCGUGACAGCUAAAUAUUUGAAAUAAAAAUACCGCUUUGUGUCGCACUACA